GAGCUUGUGGCGUCAAUGCGCCCGCCGUGUCCAUGGAGAGAGGCUGAGGUGGCCGAGUUCCGGCCCGAGGUAUCGGGGCACCGGGAGGGCGAGGAUGUCGGCUUCGUUAGUCCGGGCCACUGUCCGGGCUGUGAGCAAGAGGAAGUUGCAGCCCACCCGGGCCGCCCUCACCCUGACUCUGCUUCAGCAUCUUCAUCUGGCCAAGCCCCAACCAGACAGGGUGAAAGAGCACACUCGGGCCAUCCAUCAGACACCUUCAGCAGUAAACAAGAUAAAACAGCUACUUAAAGAUAAGCCUGAACACGUUGGUGUGAAGGUUGGUGUCCGAACCAGGGGUUGUAAUGGCCUUUCCUACACUCUGGAAUAUACAAAGACAAAAGGAGACUCUGAUGAAGAAGUUGUUCAAGAUGGAGUCAGAGUGUUCAUCGAGAAGAAAGCACAGCUAACACUUUUAGGAACAGAAAUGGACUAUGUUGAAGACAAAUUAUCCAGUGAGUUUGUGUUCAAUAACCCAAACAUCAAAGGAACAUGUGGCUGUGGAGAAAGCUUUAAUAUUUGACUCCUCAGGACUGCUCAGGCUGUAGGCCCCAGGAGAGCUGUGGAAGCUCUAUGGCUUAUUGCAGAAGUCAUAGGACUGUCGCAUGCUUAAGGUUUGUAAAAUAUGGCUGCCUUACAAGGAAAAUAAAGUGAUGCAUUUGAAAAUGAA